UUCCUUCAGUAUCGUGCUAGAAUCGAUGAGAGAGUUUAUAUAGUUUUACGUUUGAAAAGUGCGAACGAAAAAAGGAGACAAAAUGAAACUGACACCGAGAAAUUUUCAGAGCAUGGCGAAGAUGCUGGAUUAUUACUCCCAAUUUAAUCCGUCGCCGCUCUCCAUCAAAAAAUUUAUCGAUUUUGGUUUAAAUGCUUCGGAACAAAAAUCAUUUAUAUUCCUGCGAAAAGAAUUACCAGUUAGAUUGGCGAACAUAAUGAAAGAAAUUUCACUUUUACCCGAACACUUGAUAAGAAUGCCGUCUGUUGUGGCGGUGAACGAUUGGUAUAUAAGAAGUUUUCAAGAGAUUAUCGAGUUUGAACAGGCAGAAAUAAACAGUUCAACUUUGGACCGCUUCUGUGAUAGUUUGGUGAAGAUCCGAAAUCGACAUGCUGAUGUUGUUGAAACGAUGGCUCAGGGAGUGUUGGAAUUAAAAGAUUCCCACGAUGUUGAUCAACACACCGAGCACAGCAUCCAAUACUUUUUAGAUAGAUUUUACAUGUCCCGAAUAUCCAUUAGGAUGUUGAUAAAUCAACACACUUUAUUAUUCGGUGGACAACUUGAAAAUGCACCAGGUCCCAACAGGAGUAAAUACAUAGGAUGUAUAGACCCACAUUGUGAUAUUGUUAGUGUAAUUAAGGAUGCGUACGAAAAUGCCAGGUUCCUUUGUGAUCAAUAUUACCUCGCCAGUCCUGACCUUAUCCUUGAAGAGUCUCAACACAACGAAGUCGAACAGGAACGUGGCAUCAAAAUCGUUUACGUACCAUCUCAUAUGUACCACAUGCUCUUCGAGCUGUUUAAAAACUCCAUGAGAGCGGUCAUGGAAUAUCACGCGUCCUCCGAUCAGUAUCCACCAAUAACUGUGACGGUUGCGAAAGGAAAAGAGGACAUUUGUUUAAAGAUGUCAGAUAAAGGAGGUGGUAUUCCUAGAUCAACAACCGAUCACAUCUUCAAAUAUAUGUACUCAACAGCACCACAACCUAGUAAAUCCGAUGCUCACACAGUUCCAUUAGCUGGUUACGGUUAUGGAUUACCAAUUUCACGACUUUACGCAAGAUAUUUUCAUGGCGAUCUUAUUUUGUUAUCUUGCGAAGGUUAUGGUACAGACGCUGUGAUAUAUAUGAAGGCACUUUCCAAUGAAGCUAAUGAAUUGCUACCGAUUUUCAAUAAAACCACAUCAAAAUUCUACAGAACGAUAGUUCCAACUGGUGAUUGGUCAAAUCAAGCAACAAAUUUGGGUAGUAGACAAAUUAGUACAAAUCUCAAAAGACAUCAGCUGCCGCAAUCCGUACAAGAAACGUUAACAAGUUCGGGUGCGGUAUAGCUAAAGGAGUAAAUGGAUAGUAAAUAGUUAUCUCGAUCGCCACGAAACGUAGAGAAUUAAUUUAUAAUUAUAUUUUUUUAAAGUUAGAUGUGAUGGGUAAAAAGAAAUCUUUAAAAAAGUUAUUUUUAAAAAAGUAAUUUUAACACUCUUACAUUUCAACCGUUGUACAAUUUGUUAAUUUAAUUUAUUUUUAUCUUUUUUAUCGAUUGUUGUUCAUUUUUAACAACCGAGAAAAAGAAUAAUU